CUUGUCAAGAGGAAGUUUUGUUUUCCCAAGCAGACGCCGCUUGCCAGCAGGAGGGCUUUGAGCGGGUGAAAUCGUGCUGCCGCUGGGUUGUCGAUUCACGUGUAUUUUUUCCCGCGGUGUUUUUGUGGGCGCCACGGGCCCGUGCCGGCCAGCGCGGACGCGCAGUCCGGUCCCUCCGGCGUGCUCGAGCGCUGCACCGUGACCCCGAUUUGCGUUCGCCGAGAAAAUGGCGAUGGCGGCGGCGCAGGCGACGGCAACGACGAUCAACCCUCCCCGGCGCAAGAGCGGCCCGAAGCGUCCUGCAGCCACGACAGCCCCCGAAGACUCGGACAGCGACGAAGCCACGGCACCGAAGCGAACCAAGAACGGAGAUGGCGGGGCCCCAGAACACAGCGAUGUGGCAUCCCUGACCUGGAGUGUGGACGAGUUGGGGCAGCUGGUUAGUAACCUGGCCCAGUGUCUGCCCGCCAAUGACCUGGUCAAGUAUACCACCAUGGUUGAGAAGGUCGAUUGGGAGAAGGUGCGCUUUGGCUCCUACACAGCUGCACAGUGCAAGGAGAAGUGGGCGCAGUUGAUGCAGAAGCUUCGGCGUUACCGCACGCUAACAGACCUGGUGGGUGAUGCGAGGGAGUGGCUGAAGCGCCCCUGGCUGCCGGGCAAUGGUACGGCGCGCCGUCAGAGGCACCCUGGCCUGCCCAAGAAACCGCUGACACCUUAUUUCCGAUUCUUCCUGGAAAAACGCGAGAAGUACUCCCGCGAAAACCCGGAGCUGUCCAUGACGGAGUUGGCCAAGCUCAUCUCCAAUAAGUUCCAGGAGCUUCCCGAGAAGAAGAAGCAAAAAUACAAAGAGAGCUUCGAACGAGACAACGACAUUUACAAGGUGGAGCUGAAGAAAUUCAAGAAAGAGAAUCCGGAUGUAUUUCCGGAGCCAGCCGGUAAGCAGCCCCCACCUGGUGCUCCCGCUGUACCACCUUGUGCGCCCGAGAAGCCGCAGACGCCCAUCCAGCUGUUCACUCUCGACCGCCUCAAGAAGCCAGAGUUUGCCAAGCUGGACAAGAAAGAGGCACAUGAGGAGAUCCGCAAGCAGUGGGCAGAGCUGUCUGACGGCAAACGCAUCAAGUGGAUUCGCCGGGCUCUCCAAGACCAGCACCGAUACGAGCUGGAGGUCGCCGAGUACAGCCAGGCAUAUCCUGGCUUCAAAGCAGCCGUAGUGAAGCCGAUAUUGAGCAAGGCCGAGCAGGAGUUCAAGGACAAGUGCGACGGAAAGCCUGAGCGUCCUCCCAACUCCGGCUACAGCCUGUUCUCUCGCAUCAUGCUGCGGCAGCUGAAGAAUGUACCGGCCAAGGAGAAGAUGGCGGAGAUCUCGCAGUUGUGGAAGAACCUCAGCCAGACAGAGCGAGACUCGUACAACAAGCAGGCCACCAAGGCUAAUGCCAAGUACAAGGAGAAGUACGCUGCCUACCUUAGCAACCUUCCCGAGGAGGAGCGACAGAAGGUCGAGGCUGAGUCGGGGACGCACAAGUCGGCCGCGUCUGCCGGUGGGGGCGCAGCUGCCAAAGCAAACUCCAAGGGCGGCUGCGUGACUGUGUCCGGCAAGGGCAACCGUCUUGCACCCGGCGACGAGAACCAACCACCAGCAGGGGAGCGGCCCAAGCCCAAGAAGCCCCUGUCGGCCAUGUUCUUCUUUCAACAGGAGAAGCUGGCCGCCAUGAAGGAGCGCUGUCCACAGAUGUCCCACCAGGAGGUGAUGCGCGCGCUUGCGCGAGAGUUCUCCGAGCUGCCUGAGCGCAAGAAGGACAAAUACAAGAAGAUGGCCACAGAAGCAAAGGAGAAGGCUAUUGAAGAAACGAAUGGCCACAAAGUCAAAGAGGAGAAGGUGCAUCAGGUUUCUGCUGCGCCUAAUCUCAACAGGAGGAACCGCCUCUUCAAGGGAGAACCAAAAAAGCCCCCUCAGAGCGGCUACGGGGUAUUUUCAACGGAAAUGCUCAGCCAACUUGUCGACGUAGACCCCAAGAACCGCAUGGCCGAGAUCGCCAAGCGCUGGAAUGCUAUGCCGGAAUCUGACAAGGAGCGCUACAAGCGGGCCGUCCAGGACUUGCAGUGCCAGUACAACAAAGAACUGGCAUGGUUCCUUGAGGGUUUGAGUGCGGAGGAUCGGCAGGAAUACGAGGCACGACGAGCCAGGAUGAAGGCCAAGCGCAAAGGUGGAGCAAUCAAGGCAGCUGCCACUCGCAAGGAGAAGCGGCGCAAAGCUGCCGCCGCCGCUGAUGACGCCAAAGUCAAGGAAGAGGACGCAUCAUCGGAUGAGAGCAGCUCGGAUGAGUCCUCCGAUGAAGACGAAGAUGACGACGAGGAGGAAGAGGAAGAAGAGGGGACCGAGGAGAAGGCCAAGUCCGACGACGAAGACUCAGAUUCGAGCUCGGACGAGGAGGAAGAAGAGGAAGAGUCUGAAUCGGGCUCCUCGGACUCCUCCAGCAGCGACGAGUCGGACGAGCCGACUGCCCCGACGUUGCCAGCAGCGGUUCCAAAGCAGCAAGUCCCCCCCUCCAAAAAGCUGCAGACACCUGUCGUCAAGAAGGAAGAAGCACCGAGUUUGGCUGCGACACCGGCAGCGACGAAGGCUGAGCCCAACGCGAACCACGAAGAAGACGACGAUGACGACGACAGUAGCGAGAGUGAUAGUGACAGCAGCUCGGACAGCAGCGACGAUGACGAUGACUCCGAGUCGGAGUCCGACAGCAAGGACUGAGUUCACCACAGCUCACAGUCGUAGUGAAUGAGACAAACUUGCCGUGUGGUGCCGUGAAACGAAACAGUUAGGCGAGGGAGUGCGAAACAACGCUGUUGACCGGCAGACGUUUUCGCGCAGUGUUGCCGUCUCGUCCGUCUCACUCGUGCUGUGGACAGUUGUUAGCCAUGCAGAUGCGAAACGCCAGUGCUGCUGGAGUGCCGGCACAUCUCCACGCUCCAUCUAAAAAGUGCCUGCGAGACUAUCUGUAGUGACGUUGCAGUGGACGCUACAACUGUGGUGUGUUGGUUUGACUCGUGUCGUCGGCCUCCUGUUGCUAUCGGCAAAGAAAAAAAAAACGCAUGUACUGGGGAAAACGCCAGUGCUGUGUCAUAGGCUCGGCAGAAAAGCUUGCUUCGCAUGUCUCGCAGAGAAAUACUAUGGAGAGAUACCAUCGUACGUGCGGUGCUGGCAUGCCUUCGGCAAUUCGAAGCACAGUGUUCCCAGAGUGGCCAUUUUCUUAAGGAAAUGAAACAGUGAUGAAAAUUAGCCCUGUGACAACGAUAUAACUGACCAGCGCAUGUACUUGUACUGUCACACUGAGUGCAUGCUCUUGAAACAUUUUCUCGGAAAGAUUCUGAGCUGCUAAAACUAUUCUUGCCCACACAUGAGGUAAGUUGCAAAUGUUACGGUGCGCUGUUCGUCUACUGGAAUGUUGCUAGCCGUUGUCACUUGCUAAUUUUCUGCACUUUUUCGUGACCACUCAAAGCCAGUUCUCAUACCCUUCACUCUGUAUUUUGUGCCUUUUACUCUCCCUGCAUACAUCUUAUGGACAUGUUUUACACAGUACACGCGUCUAACCCGUGAACGAUAAGCAGUGGGCCACUGUGUAUGUAUUCUGUUCAGACCAGUAAAGACUAAAUAAUUUUUUUUUAGAUUUACCCAUUUCCUUGAAAAUACUGAAAUGAGCUGUACUCGUUGUCAGCCGACUGAAAAGCCCUUGCUAUCAUUGCAGAAAUCUCUAUCUGUUCUCUUAAUUGUUUUUUUUUUUUUUAAUUCCAUUUACUUCCAUGUAGUCUCUCGCAGCUAAAACCACUCAGUAGCGGCUUCACGAACUCAAAGCGUAUGAUUAUGCAUCGGUUGUCCUAGGCGUAUACCUCGCAACAUGAAGACUUUACAAUUCAGCGUACUGUCAAUAGCAGCUGCUAUUCUAGAUAGAGUAUUUCAGCUUUAGUUCCCGUUUCUGAGUGACAUUGUUUCUUUUUUUUGUGCUGUACACUCAUCAAUCUUAUUUAUUGGGCCACUGGCUGUCGUGCAGUGCCCUUCGGCUUCAACAACUUCAACACUGAAUACUCACUGCAGAUAAAUUUCGCAGAAAUGAUGUCACUUUUUUCCUUGUGCUGACAUUGGCUGCUUACUGCAACCGCUCAUAUGUGCUCUAGCGGAAUUUAUUGGCUUUAGGUCAGUGUCAUCGACCUUGCCUGCCAAGCAGUCUUGGUCUCUGUUAUGCUCACAGUAGGUUCAUCCAUAUACAAAGCAAGCAAAAGCAUUUGCUUUUGAUUUUAGCUCUGAAAUCGCACUUGCAUCACAAAGCAAGAUCGUGUAAUUAGCAUUUGUUUUGAAGACACCAGCAUGUCAUCUAAUGUGAUACCAACUUCUCGAGUGGUGUGUGUAAAUUGUUGGGUUGCUUCCAAGGCAGUUACGAAUGCGGCUGCGCGUGUGAUGAGAAGCAAGUCUUUUUUUCACUGCAGAUACAGUGCCAUGAUACUUACAAAACAUUUAUUUGUAUAUUUAAUGACAUUUGAUAUUCAGUGCAGGCAAGUACUUUAAGGCUACUAAGAAGAGUGCCAGUUCUCCUUGCAUUUUUGUGUGAGGGUUUUCAUUGUUUUUAAGGGGUCUGAUUGUAUAGCAUAUAAAUUGCCCCUGUUGUGCUGAAAGAACUACAUCAUGGCAUUUAAUUCAUAGAUUUAUUGAUUAUGAGUGCAAAGUGACGGUUUGUAUUAUCAAUCGCUAACUUUGUAAUACUGAUGAAAGUGAGAUCCCUAAAUAUUUUGUUUCUACUAGCAGAGUUGUGAGCUUGUGUACACAUAAUAUGCCCAAGCUGCACUGCGAGGAUAAAUUCAAAUGUAUGUUUUUUUUUUCAUUAAGCGAAAAAUAGCAUUUCAGCAGUUUUAAAAAAAAUGCCAUUUAUAACUAGAUGGUUCUGGUGCAUUAGGAAGUAGUUCAUAGCCGUGUUACGAGUUUACACCGCAAAGACUAACAGCGGUUUAAUUUUUUUCCCUUUUGUAAACUGUUCCCUUUUGUCCCGUGGGCAAUUGUGCGAACAAUGUGUAUGGCUUCCUUCCAAAGACUCGUAAUAAUAUUCAAACUGUCUCGGUGAGAAGACACAGAACUUUGCUCAAAAGUUCACGACAGGGUGGCCAGAGUCUAGUACUUAUUCAAAAUUUGUGGUGGCCUACUGGACAAAGUGUUGCAGAAGUGUUCAAAGCAACAUAAUUUAAGGAUAUGAAUUGAUAAGGAAACAAGGCAUGAACCUCUUUUUCGGCUGAAUCGCUGCUACAUGCACACGAGUGCUUUUGUCAAAGACAAGGCGCUCUGUGGUGCAUUUUGUUCAACACCAUGGCUAGAUGCAGUAGUUGACUGUUUCGUCCCCAAGUUAUCCAGAUAUGCGUAGCUUAAUAUCACAGUAUGCAGUCUCACACGAAAAUAUGUGGUGAGAGGAACGGUAGUGUUGUAAGUUGCCUGGAGUGCAAGCCGGUUUUGUUGUACGUUAAAUUUCUAUGGCAGGCAUGCGUUCUUUAAACAUUGUGCUUUCUUCUCUCUCGGUCAGAAAUUUUCAUUCUGCGGUGCGGCAUUUCUGCGGAAGCUUACAGUCGGUGUCAAAAUGUUCACGGAGCACAGGAUACAUAAAUGUCUAUCAUGCAUAGAAGCAUGUAUUGAACAAUGGUCUGAAUUUGAGCAAAUUUAUGAGGUAACAUCUGCAGGUAUUUAACUCUAGACUUGGGACUGCCGGAAAGAGAACAUGUAAGUAGAGCGACGUCAAUGUUUUCGUUGGUCUAGUGUUUUGAGCUUUACACCUAAAGGUGCCAAGAUAUUGCUGGCACACUUGAAGCAAGCUGAAAAACCAGGCUGCAGAAACAAGACUUCUCGUGUAUCUUGCUGCCUGUAAACUUCCCGUGCCAACAGUAUAUUGCGGAUAAAGCAGUUAUGCAUCCAAGCACGAUAUUAAAGUGCACCACAACGUUGCUGACUUCACACUAAGUGCUCAUUCAGUGGAGCUGCGGUUCAGCCCAUUAGGAUCUUCAUGCCAGGCCCACAUGGCAACACACGGGACAUUGCUGUUGCAGAUUUGUUGAAAAUUUUUCACUUGUCCAAAAAUGAAAGGCGAGCUGCACAGCUUUUGCGAGAAUUGUGGCCUUUCCUUGUUACUAAGGUAAGCUGGCAUACCUCCAGAUCGGUGCACAGGAACACUGUAUGUUCUAAGCAGAGGCUUGUAGGUUCCUUAUAAUACUAUACAGGCCACCUAGUGCAGAGACAACUUGUGUGCCUUUCCUUGUGCCCUAGAGAAACAACUGAUGCUAUACAAUGUGCCAUCUCUGUAUGAGGUGUAUGCUUGCAUGUAUGCGUGUGCCAUGUAACUGUAUAAUUGUGCAUAUCUCUCUGCUCCCAGUUUCUUAUUAGGCUUAAGCACUGUAGCCCUUACCGGCAGCACCACCAGCCCUUGUGGUGUGCUGCCGAGUUUUAUUGUUUCGUUUCGUUCUUCCUUGAGAGUUUGUACAGAAGUACAACUUGUGUGUUGUGUAGGCACCUGUAACACAAACUGCCACCGCCAUUAUUCCAUCGUCACCAACUAGUCUGUUUUCUGCCUUAACAGGGACGCAGAAGGGUGUUUUUUUUUAAAUAAAUAAAAGUGUCUCAACACA